CCUUAUCUUUAGGAAUCUAUAGGAAUCUUGUCGGGACCCUUGACGGAUCCGGCUGCUGAUUGAGGUGUCAAUUGUGAGAGAAGUGAAAAGAUAUUAUUUUAAAGUUUCGUUAGACAUUGUUGCUGUCUAAUUUCAUUGAAACUUGUGAGUUUUCUGUGCUUGGUUUCGCUAGAAGACUUUGAAGACUCGGGAAGAACAGACACGAUGUCGACGACUCAGACGUAGAUCCGCAGAACGCGUCCCAGUCUAAGAAGUCGAGCCUCGGGUCAGUGGGCAGAAAGUCGCAGCGCAAGGUGCCCAAGCGGCUGGAGGUGAGUGCCAACGUCUCCGGAUGCCAGAUGAGCGGCUACCUGCAGCGGCGCACGCGCCAAAAGUGGAAACGCUUCUGGUUCGUGCUGCGUGAUAGUGUUCUCUACAUGUACCGGGCCUCGCAGGACGUGGUGGCUAUGGACAGCCUGCCGGUACUCGGCUACAAAGUGCAGCCCCUGGCCAAUGUGCGGUCGUCAUAUGAGGGCGUGGACUCCGAGCUGGUGUUUCAGCUGGCCCACGACAAUCAGCAGCCGCUGCUGUUCCACGCCGAUAACCGCGCCCAGGCGGCCAAGUGGAUUUCGACCCUUCAAGGAGCCACUAUGCUCACCUAGCACCCUGGCGGGUGACGUCCGCCUUCAUCGUAGCAUCUGCAUGUGUCGCGUCUUUCAUCAUUCAUGUCAUCCACUAAUGUCGAGAUCGCUCAACCACCGGCGGCGGCCAUCUUGGAACAGGCGCUGUGGGCGGCCAUCUUGGUGCAGGCCGCCGGCUAGUCAGACGUGCGUACACGGUGUGGCGGCCGCCCUCUUUGGAACUGACCGCGCGUCGGCUAGUCAUAAUCGCUUGCCCCGUGUUGCCACCAGUGCUGGUGUGUCGGCGAGAGUAGCGCGUGUGGUGUGCGAGUAUCCGGCCCGAUUUUAGGGCCCGUGUGUGACGCCUUAGCUGUUGAGCGAGGAGUAUUUUAUUUAUCGGCGACCGCGCGAGCCCACCGGAGUACCGGCCUCGUGCGCUUCGCUCACCUGUUGUCUCAGUUUAACAAUGUACCUUCGGCUGCGCGGGGGCCGCCCGGUACGCGGUCGCAGCGAGGCGCGCGGUACCCCGAGUACCCGUGUACCGGUACCUGACGCGCCGCCGGGACCGCGGCCGGGCGGGCCGCCUGGCGUGAGCUGUGACAGUGUUACGGAUUGUUUGUCCCAGUCGAGUCGUAAUACACUCAGACGGCGUGUCA